AUGUCUGACCUCGCCGUCUCCCCGGUGGAGACUUCCGCUCUCAACACCUCCCUCACACGGCGUCACUUCCUCGAUGGCUGGGACGCCGCCGACUUCGAUGGUCUCAAGUACUCGUACGGCCUGACUGGUGUCGACCAAAUAGGAAACUACCUCUGGGUCGACACCUUCCUGUACAUGCUGGUCGGCAUGGCCAUCAUGCUGCUGGGCCUGCGCGUGGCUAACAUGUGGUGGCGCCACAAUCGUCACUUGACAGUUAUGGGCAACCCUUCGCGCCAGGCGUACUGGGCUACAAACCAGACAUCCUGGUGGCCCUGGCUCAACCGCCACCUCUUGCAGGCACCGCUCUGGAAGAAGAAGCACAACGCCCAGUUCCAGAUCAGCAGCGCAAUCGACAACGGAACACUUCCUGGGCGAUGGCACACGGUUAUGCUCGUUGUUUAUGUUGGGUUGAACACGGCGUGGUGUGUUGCGCUUCCGUACAGCGUUUUGGACCACAAGGAGACCGUUGCUGCGCUGCGUGGGCGCAGUGGAACAUUGGCCGCGUUGAAUUUGAUCCCCACGAUCCUCUUCGCUCUCCGCAACAACCCUCUCAUCACACUCCUCCAGGUCUCGUACGAUGACUUCAACCUCUUCCACCGCUGGGCCGCUCGUAUCACUAUCCUGGAGGCCAUCGUCCACACCAUCGCCUGGAUGUACAACACUGCCGAAGGUGCAGGUUGGCAAGCAGUCUCCAACGGUCUCGCUCACGAAGGUUCCUACGGCUGGGGUAUGGUCGGCACCGUCGCAUUCACCUUCCUCGGUAUCCAAGCCUGGUCGCCUUUCCGCCACGCCUUCUACGAGACCUUCCUCUCCAUCCACCGCCUCAUGGUCAUCGCCGCCCUCGUCGGUCUCUACAAGCACCUCGAGCUCCACGCCCUGCCUCAAGUCCCCUGGAUGCACCUCGUCUUCUUCUUCUGGGCCGGCGAGUGGUUUUGCCGCCUCGCCUCAAUCACCUACUACGGCCUCUCCCUCAAGCAAAAGUCCCGCAUCCGCGUCGAAGCCAUGCCCGGCGAGGCAGUCCGUGUCACCAUCGACAUGGUCCGCGAGUGGACACCACGCCCCGGCUGCCACGUGCACAUGUGGAUGCCCGCCAUGGCCGGACUUCACAGCCACCCUUUCUCCGUCGCCUGGGCGCCAACUCUUACCCAAGAGUCCAAGGAAAUGACGCUCCCCAUCCUCGAAGGCAAUGCGCUCAUGGCCCCCGGCGCUCCCCAAAAAUCCAAACAAAUCUCUCUUAUCUGCCGUGCGCGAACGGGCCUGACACGAAAAAUGUACGAGCGCGCAUGCAAAGCCCCCAACGAGACUUUCUCGACAUGGGGCUUCAUCGAGGGCCCCUACGGCGGCCACCACAGCCUCGACUCCUACGGCACUCUUGUCCUGUUCGCGGGUGGUGUAGGGAUCACGCACCAGGUCAUGUACCUCAAGCACCUGAUCAACGGCUUCCACCGGGGCACCACCGCCACACAGAAAAUCGUGCUAAUCUGGACGGUGCCUGACAGCGAUUGCCUGGAGUGGGUGCGGCCGUGGAUGGACGAGAUUCUGCGCAUGCCUGGGCGCAAGCAGUGUCUGCGCAUCAAGCUGUUUAUCUCGAGGCCGAAGGGGCGCGUGGAGAGUAGCAGCGACACGGUGAAGAUGUUUGCAGGUCGUCCGAAGAUGGAUACCCUGAUCGAAGAGGAGGUGAGGGGACGCGUGGGUGCGCUGGCGGUUACGGUGUGCGCGUCUGGUGGUAUGGCGGAUGGUGUACGUGCCGCUGUUCGUCCGUGGAUGACGGAGGGGUGUGUGGACUUUAUUGAGGAGGCCUUCACCUAUUAG